AUGCUGUUGGUGAUCUGGCAGUCUGCGCAACUGACUGUCUGGCAGCUGCAAGUUGCGGCAUCAAUCUUCACCACGCCGAUCUUCAUCGGCGUCUUCUCUCUUCUGUGGUUAGGCGUUGUGGAGGCUUUUGGCCUGUCACUUUUCGAAGGCGGAUGGUGGAACGGGUUCCGGGUCCACGUCGUCCAGAAAGAUCCUCUGCUGGGGUCUAUGUACGCCGUCGUGGCUCUUGCGUAUACGGCCAUGCCGUGGUACGUCUGGAGCCAGCAGAAACAGCAAAUCGAUCAGGCUUUGAUGGAGAUCAGUGCCGAGUCGAAACGCAUAGGGGAGAGUGAUGAGUACUGUACUAGGUGA